GAGACAUCGGACGCGGAGCGGCCCCGGUCCCCGUAUCCCCGGGGACCGGGGCCGCUCCGCGUCUCCUCCUCCGCGGGCUUCAGCGGCUGCGCGCUGCUCCGCUUCCUGCUGCGUCAACAGGAGGCUGAAGGAGAUCCUGAAGAACGGAGCAGCGAGCGCGCGACUCCGAAAAGCCUCCGCGCACGGCAGACCCGGGAGCGGGACAGACCCGACCGAUCGGUGCUCCGCGCUCUCCCCCGACCCCAGUCCCGGUCCCCCGAACACGGGCUUCGGUUCGGCGCGGAUUUAAACGGCGGGAGUCACUUCGCUGAUGCUCCUGUGGCCCGUCAAGUCAUGGGACCUCAGCAGACUUGGCCCCCAGGGGUGCAGUGCCAAGAGCGCGUCCCCCAACAGCCGGACCAGGACAAAGAAAAGCGAUGGGCUGAGAUGUUUGAGCUGAUGGACCUCAACAAGGACGGACACAUUGAUGUUCUGGAGCUGCGAGCCGGACUGGCAGGCCGGGGGCUGUCCAGAGCCUCUGUAGACAGGAUUGUAGAGGCGGGUGACACCAACCAGGAUGGAGUGCUGGACUUUGAGGAGUUCAUCCAGUAUCUCCGCAACCAUGAAAAGCAGCUAAAAGUCAUGUUUCACCGUCUGGACAGGAACAAUGAUGGGCAGAUAGAUGCAGCAGAGAUCCAGGACUGCCUGCGCAGUAUCGGGGUGAACAUCAGCCUGGAAGAGGCGACCAGGAUAUUGCUGAGAAUGGACCAGGACGGCACCAUGACCAUCGACUGGAACGAGUGGCGAGACUACUUCCUGUUUAACCCUCUCACCAACAUGGAGGACGUGGCGCGUCACUGGAAGCGUUCCAUGAUGUUGGACACGGGUGAGCAGCUCACCGUCCCAGACGAGUUCUCAGAGGAGGAGAAGAAAUCUGGGUUCGUGUGGCGACAGCUGAUGGCCGGAGCCAUGGCCGGGUCCGUGUCCCGUACAGGAACCGCCCCAUUGGACCGCCUCAAAGUUUUCCGGCAGGUUCAUGGUUCUUCUGACUUCAGUGGCAGCAUGCUAAGCAGCUUUAAGCACAUGCUGAGGGAGGGGGGCGCCAGCUCACUGUGGAGAGGGAAUGGGGUCAACGUUCUGAAACUGGCCCCUGAGACCGCCAUCAAGUUCACAGCUUAUGAGAAGGUGAAGAGUCUGAUCCGAGGCCACGAGGACACCAGAACCCUGAGGGUUCAUGAGAGGUUUUUUGCUGGUUGUUUGGCAGGAGCAACUGCUCAGACCACCAUCUACCCCAUGGAGGUGCUGAAAACCCGUCUGACACUCAGAAAAACGGGUCAGUUCUCGGGACUGGCUGACUGCGCCACACAGAUCCUGCGGCGGGAAGGAGUUGGUGCCUUUUACAAGGGCUACAUACCCAGCAUGCUGAGCAUCGUCCCUUACGCUGGCAUCGACCUGGCCGUGUACGAGACGCUGAAGUUCACGUGGCUGAACAGGAACAGGGGCGUGGCCGACCCGGGGGUGAUGGUGCUGGUUGGAUGUGGAGCCGUUUCCAGCACUUGUGGACAGCUGGCGAGUUACCCCCUGGCACUGAUCCGCACUCGAAUGCAGGCACAAGCUUCAGUGAAAGGAGCCCCCAGACUCUCCAUGCUGUCUUUGCUUCGCAACAUCAUCACCCAGGAGGGUGUUGCUGGACUUUACCGAGGAGUUUCCCCCAACCUGCUAAAAGUCGUCCCCGCUGUGAGCGUGUCCUACGUCGUGUACGAAUACAUGAGGAUGAUGUUGGGCGUGGACAUUGACGGUAGGAGAUUGAGGAAGGGCUAGCAAACGGAGAAAGGGUUUGCUGUGGUUUUAAUCUGCAGGCACGUGCAGAUCAACUGUUGGUGCACGAGGAAACGUGACCCCCCGUCCAAUAAAAGUUAAGAAAAUCGAGAUCAGAACAGCUCUCUAACACAGAAGGAUCUUCUUUUUAAAUGCAUGUCAGCUCAGUAACCUGCAUCCGGCUGCUGCAGUGACUCAGACUCUGCAUGAACUUGGGGGAGGACUUGUGAAUUGUAAAAAUCCUUUUCUACAGUAUGAUCUUCUCACCCAGCAGAGGGUUCGAGGUGACCAGAACCUCACCUCCAUUGAGGUUAUGAAAUCAAGUCAUCCAGAAACAUGCAUUUAUCAGAAGUUACCAAAGCCAGAGCACAACAGAGAGCAGCAGUGACAGUGAAGCAGGAAGAGACACUCCUGCAACCUGCCUGGAGACUUCCUGCUUUCAGGAGAGAGCUGGCAAGGAGACACAGGGAAGAUCCAGAGAAGAUCUUCAUCACCAAGACACGGGCAGAUGUAGAUCAGUGCUGGACGAGGAGAAUGUUCAUGAGAGGCACUCGGAGACCCCGCACUGACUGGGUUUGGACUAUAGUUGAAUAAAACAGAGAUGUUAUUCAUAAGCUGCAUGUUUUUGAUUCUUUGGAACCAGUUAUAGUUUCUCUCAUCAUAUGCUUUUUCACAAAUACUUUGAAAACCUGGCUGAAUUCUUUGCUUAGGUUUAAACAGAAGAAGCUCUGAGGCGUGUGAUGGAAUUUAAAGUCGGAGCUGACUCUCAGGACUAUGAGGAGAGUCUAAAAGACACAUUUCUAAACGUCAUAAAGCAUUUUUGUGAAUUUAAACAGAAUUUUUCUGGUAGUCAGCUUCCACCACUGAAGUAAAACAACCUUCAGCGUAUCUCAUUUGAAAGAAAAAGCUUUUGACUAUAACCUCCUUUUUUUUCUACCUUUUUAUUUUCCAGAAAUAAAUAUUCCCAUGUUAUCAUUUAAACUUGUUGAAUUCAAAAUAAUUAAAUAUUUGUGUGCGAUUGUGGAUUAAAA